AUGGGAUUUCAAAACAUUGUUGUUUAUCUCUUGUACGCCGUAGGAAUCCUGGUGAUGGCUGGUGGAGCAUCGGGUACAGGUGACGGAGAUGAUGACCCCAAUUCAUCGAAAAGGAGGAGGUCUCGGACGAAUUUUAACAGUUGGCAGCUUGAAGAGUUAGAGCGAGCGUUUAACGCCUCGCAUUAUCCUGAUGUUUUCAUGCGGGAAGCUUUAGCAAUGCGGCUGGAUCUCAAAGAGAGCAGAGUGGCGGUAUGGUUUCAAAAUCGAAGAGCAAAAUGGAGGAAAAAGGAACACACAAAGAAAGGACCAGGUCGGCCUGCUCACAAUGCGCAUCCGCAAUCCUGCUCUGGUGAACCGAUACCUCCAGGAGAAUUAAGAGCCAGAGAGAGGGCGCGUCGCAGGAAGAAACUGGCGAAAGCUCUGGAACGUCAGGCUCGCAAGUUGCGUGCGAAAGGCAUUACCGUCGACCUGGACGCGCUGCGAGCCGAGUACUUGGCACAGCACCGGGGCGCCGGCAACGCGAGCAGCGACGACGACGAAGAAGACCUUCCAAUCGAUGUCGUAGGCGGCGCCGAUUCGGAGGACUCUGGUGGCGAGGAGUCAGGAAACGCGAUGGCCAGUUUAGAUCUCACUUCAUCUCACCGGCAUGCGUCGAAUUCACCUCAGUCCCAGCAGUCUUCACCGCCAAUGGUUCUCCAUCAUCACGAGAGCCAACAGUCGGAGAAGACGAAAAGACCCAAUCCGUUCAGCAUAGAGUCGCUGCUCAACACGUGAGAAACUGAUCGGGCUGUGUGCGUGUAUAUGUGAUUCUGUAAAUA